GCUAUUAAAGCUCCGAGGACCAAGGAGCCCCGCUCAGUGUCACCUCUCAAGAUCAGCCACAAUAGAGGGCGGGCAACAAGGAGCAUUUCUGAAGAUUAACCACUUAUCGAAAUGCUUUGCCUGCAAAGAAGUCUGAGGACAGCUAACCCGGGAGUUUUGCAGCUUUUUAAAAAUGCAGGGAGAGUUGGUGCCGACAGCCUUGUUUUGUCCCGGACUCAGCUACCUGUUCCUCCCCCCUGCUGGGCCUCAGCAUCACCCCACACCCACAGAGCCUUUCAUCAGCGGCAGGCCUCUGAUGUAGACCAACCACAUCCCAAAGGCAGGUUGAUGUCCAGCAUGGAAGACCUACUCUUCUACACCAUCACGGAUGGCAAAGAGGUUGUUCUCCUUUCGCAGUUCAUCUCUGCUUUGAGAAAAACAGGUUUGUUAACAUCUGACCCUCGACUGCGUGACUGCGUCCACCACAUGCGCCAAUCAACACGUGAUUCCGUUGGGCCGGUCAUGAUGGACAAGAAGCUCUUUAGAAGGUGUGUGGGAAACAACAUCAUGUUGCUGACCAAAGCCUUCAGAAAAAAGUUUAUCAUCCCUGACUUUGAAAAGUUCGCCCAUCAAAUCGACAGGAUAUUUGAUGAUGCCCAGCAGCAGGAGGGCGGACAAGUAGCUGAUUACAUUCCUCAACUGGCUAAGUUCAGCCCUGAUCUCUGGGGCGUGUCUCUGUGCACAAUCGAUGGACAGAGACACUCAGUGGGUGACACCAAGGUUCCCUUCUGCCUGCAGUCGUGUGUGAAGCCUCUGGAGUACGCCAUCGCUGUGCAUGAGCUUGACAGUGAGCAGGUUCACCAAUUUGUGGGCAAAGAGCCCAGUGGAUUGAAGUUCAACAAACUGUCACUAAAUGAAGAAGAUAAACCGCACAACCCCAUGGUGAAUGCCGGAGCCAUUGUCAUCAGUUCUUUAAUUAAGCCUCAUUCAAACAAGGCCGAGAGGUUUGACUUUGUGAUGGAUUUCUUGAAAAGCAUGGCUGGUUCUGAGUAUGUGGGCUUCAGCAAUGCAACUUUCCAGUCAGAGAGGGAGACAGGAGACAGGAAUUACGCCAUUGGUUAUUACCUGAAAGAGAAAAAGUGCUUCCCCGACUAUGCUGAUAUGAUGGCAGCCCUUGACUUCUACUUUCAGCUGUGCUCCAUAGAGGUAAACUGUGAGUCAGGAAGCGUCAUGGCUGCCACCCUGGCCAACGGGGGUAUAUGUCCUAUCACAGGCGAGCAUGUUCUGAGCCCUGAAGCGGUUCGCAACACCCUGAGUCUCAUGCAUUCCUGCGGCAUGUACGACUUCUCCGGACAGUUUGCCUUCCACGUGGGCUUGCCUGCUAAAUCAGGUGUUUCUGGUGCCGUACUGAUGGUGGUUCCCAAUGUCAUGGGUAUGAUGUGCUGGUCACCGCCAUUAGAUCGACUUGGAAACAGUGUUCGUGGCAUUCACUUCUGUCAGGAGCUCGUGUCUUAUUUCAACUUCCACAAUUACGACAACCUGAGGCACUUUACUAAGAAACAUGACCCGAGGAGACGAUCAGACGAUGAUCCUAACAAGUCAGUGGUUAACCUGAUGUUUGCAGCAUACAAUGGAGACGUCCCUGCAUUGAGGAGAUUUGCCCUUUCCGCUGUGAACAUGGAGCAGAGGGACUAUGACUCUCGCACAGCGCUCCAUAUCGCUGCUGCAGAAGGUCACGUGGAAGCUGUUAUCUUUCUGACUGAAAUAUGUAAAGUGAAUCCCCACAUGAAAGACAGAUGGGGAAAUACACCUCUGGAUGACGCCGUGCACUUUGGCCACGAUGUCAUUGUUUCAGCCUUGCAGAAGUACGAGUAUGUGCACGCUGACAGCGACUCCCCAAGCAGCCCAGAGGAGCAGAAGACCACGCUGGAUACCAUGAAGAGUAUCGUGUAAACCACAAGGGACUGUGAGGGUUUGUAGCAGGAAUGAAAGGACACUGGAGAGUAGCGAUGGAAGAAUGAGUUAAAUAUUGUAUACUUAUGUGUGUGAGAGUUUUUUACUGCUGAAAAACCAUGCGUUUCUGCAGACUCUGUGAUACUCAAAGUUCUAUUUAAACAAGAAUUGUUGUCUGUGUGAAGAGACAUUAUAGCAAUUUACCAGGUUGUGAUGAAAUGAAAGUGCAUUUUUUCCACAGAGUGUCUGAUUGAUAGAUGCCGCCGAGAUGUAAAUAUCUAAUAUACUGGCAUAUUUAUUUAAUAUAUUAAGUAUUGUACAUUCACUGUCAUUGAUAUGUAAUAUGAAAAGGGGCGGUUUGCCUCAUAUGUAAAUAUUUCUAGAGCUGCUCUAUUAAUUAUUCUAGUGGAAUAAGGGGUUGAUUUAAUUGCAUUUAUAGUGAAACUUAAAGCUCAAAGUUUAUUCACUGUUGAUAAACUAUAGUAAUGUGUUUUUUUUGUUUUUUUUAGUCUCUUGCUUCAUUAGGGUGGGCUCUUUUUAUUGGUCGUUUGUUACAAAAACAUCUGCUGGGAAGAAUUAUCACGAAAUAUAUGUUGCAAACUACACACGUAGCAAUUUAACUAUACACAUGUGGUUAAAUUGAAUUCUGCUUGUUGGUGUGCAGCCUUACGAGAUGAUUGUACUGUGCUACAUGUGCACCUAAGUUGCAAUAAAAUGUAAUAUAUACAGUA